GCCUUAGAGUGAGGAAAGUAUCAUGUGAAGAUAUUUCUUAUAUUGAGACUGUUAAGAUACAUCGUUGAAAUGGAGUUCGACACUAAGACCUCUUCAUAUUUGACGAGCGACAAGUCAUCCUUCGCUUAUAUAUCUGCCCGAGACCGGUGGCCAGUUAUUGUAACGCAAGCUAUAGAUGAUUUGUAUCGCUCUGUCUCUGGGUGCGAAGAACCUGAGAAGCGGGACGAAGGAAAGAGGAUUAUAGAGGAGCUGUCUCGGCUCAAAUAUGAGCUUCAGCACGAUCGACAACUGACACCGAUAAGAGACGACGGUGGCGCCGACAUAGCCCUGUAUAAUAGCGAACUGGAGAAGUUGGGAACGCCUAGCUGGUUCAAUAUACCAUGGCUCUUUUGCGAGUGCUAUCUAUACAGACGCCUUAACUCCUCCUUUAGGCUAUCCGUUCAUUGGAAGACAUAUGAUGUAUUCUCCCGGCAAAAGAUUAAGACCUUCAGGUCGUCCAGACCCGCGGUACUCGAACUGGCCUCUCGAUAUAGAGAUCUGGUAACCCAGAUCAACCAGGAUAGAAAGACCGGCACCGAGCAUGACGAAGCUCAGAAGAUCUUAUUCUUUGAGAUGUGUGAGAUUUGUUUGUGGGGUAAUGCUACCGACUUGUCUCUCCUUACUAGCCUCACCUACGAGGAUAUUCAGAAGCUACAAGGUUCUGAAGCUAGGAAAGCUUCCGAGAAGAAUAUCCUUAUUAAUGACCUAGCGGCGACAUAUGAGGUUUUGACGAAAGCUAAGAACGAAGGCAAGAAGGAGCGCCGAGUGGACAUUGUAUUAGAUAACGCUGGGUUUGAGUUAUACGUCGAUCUCAUCCUAGCUGGGUACCUGUUAUCAUCUGGGCUCGCCACUCUCGUGGUUCUUCAUCCGAAGUCGAUCCCCUGGUUCGUGUCGGACGUUCUGCCAGCCGACUUUGCCGCUCUGCUUAGUGCCCUGGCUGACCCCAAGAGGUUCUACGAAACACCAUCCGAUGACGAGAGGUUGCAAAACAUGACUCCCUCUCCAUUACCAGACAAGGACGCGGCCGAUCUUGGCUUUCUUUUCCAGGAGUGGGCGCAGAUGCACGCUGAAGGACAGCUCAUCAUGAGACCGAAUACCUUCUGGACUCAUCCCGGCAGUUACUGGAGACUUCCAUCCACGGACAAGGAUCUUUAUAAUGAUUUGAAGACGAGUGAAGUGGUCAUAUUCAAAGGUGACUUAAACUAUCGGAAGCUCACCGGUGAUGCCGCAUGGGACCCAUCGACGCCGUUUGUUGAAGCUAUUGGGCCCCUUGGUCCUGGUUCGGGAGUCAAUGUCCUUGCCCUCCGAACUUGCAAGGCCGAUGUCGUUGUGGGCUUGAAGCCGGGACAGGAUGAAGAGAUUCGGGCAGCCGAGGGCGGUAGCGCGGAUGACGAGGCUAGGAAAUGGGCAUGGAGUGGCAAGUGGGCAGUUGUGUCUUUCUCGGAGGACUACAUCUUCAUUGAUCCUACCAAGGGCUACGGGCGUCUUAGUCUCCAUAUUAAUGAUUAUCUACCUAGGCGUUAAAUUGACAUGCGCCAUUUACAACCAGAACCCAAGUUUCAAAAUUCCUUUAGUGCCCUGGCGGAUCAUGAACCAGCCGACUUCCAUCACAAUCCACACGACCUCGCCGGCAAACUAUUCCUUGACCUCGGCUACCUCAGCUUUGAUGCCGAAGUCGGUGCUACCGCCGUCCUUCUUUUCAAAUAUGAUCUUCUUCCCCCCGUUGUUGGCUACUAUCUUGCCAUCGCCGUCGAAAACAUACGGCAGUCGUUCGUAGGCCCAACGUCCGGCGAAAAAUGUGGCGGCUGCCCAGGCCCAGAGAAGCAAGGCGAUGCUGAAGGUGAUAAAGAGGGUCGGCACGAGGAAGAGCGUGGCAACGCCGAUCCAAAAGAGCGAGAACAUUACGGCGGAUAUUAAGGAAAUGGCGAUGGUGGUCAUGGCGAAGCCGGCGAAAAGGAGAAUAGGCGCAAGUGAGAGGGUGAAUUGAAAUGCGACGAAGGA